AUGAGCGCACGGAGACAGAGAACCACGCAAUCGCGAAUUCGUCAUGCCGGGCAUGGACCGCGUCGAUCAUUCACAACAAUGGCGCUUUUAGCAAUGACAGUAUAUCCUUCAUUGGCAAAAAUCCCAAUACUUCCAGCUCGAGACCACGUUCCCCAGGACCGCACCUUCGAAUUUGGGCGAGAACCAUGUCGGCUGAGUUUCAGCUCAGACGGAGGAAUGACGUUGAUAUGUGAAGAUGUUUCAGGUCCACCGCAAGCACCGAGUUCAGUAAUUGAUGUUGGGUCGACAUUACCUCCUGCUACAAAUGCAGAUAGAGAAGAAAAUGAUGCAUCCGCUGGUGUUCCGGUACUGGAAGCUGCAACAAAUACGCCAACUGUCGCCACGGCUGAGCCUCCUACCAUUUUGCCAACUCUCCCAAGCACGGAUAACACAGCAGUGGGUCCCACAAUCACUCCUGCUGAUACUUCUGCGACAAGCGCGCCCACAAGGGAUGAAGCUAACAUGUUCCCAUUAGAGCCUCCAACCACCAGCCAACCUACAGCGUUGCCUACAGCACGCCCAACCAGUACGCCUACAGAGUUGCCUACAACUAGCCCAACAGGUGUCCCCACAGGCUCUCCAACAGUUGGCCCAACAGGUGUCCCUACAGGCUCUCCAACAGUUGGCCCAACAGGGGUUCCUACAGAGUCUCCCACGACCGAACCCACGGGGGUUCCUACAGGCUCUCCAACAAGUGCUCCAACAAGUGCUCCCACCACGAGUCCAACCACAAGCCCAACCAGUGUUCCUACAGCUAGCCCAACUGAUGCUCCUACAAGUUCUCCCACAACUAAUCCAACAGGGGCUCCCACAACUAGCCCAACAGCGGAUCCUUCUAAGGGCCCAACAUGUGUUCCUUCAGGUCGUCCCACAGCCAACCCAACACUAUCUCCCACAAUUGGUCCCACUGUGGCUCCAACGGGUUCUCCUACAGUUGGUCCCACUGUGGCUCCAACAGGUUCUCCUACAAUUGGCCCCACUGUGGCUCCAACUGGCUCUCCUACAAUUGGACCAACUGUGGCUCCAACAACUUCUCCUACAAUUGGCCCAACUGUGGCUCCAACAAGUUCUCCCACAGUUUCUCCAACAGGGGCCCCUACAAGUAUUCCAACCAUUACACCCACUCUGUCGCCCACAAUAAUGCCCACUAUCAAUCCCACAACAAGUCCAACUUCUUCGCCAACUAUUGCACCCACAGUGUCCCCAACAGAUGCGCCAACAACAGAAGACGUAUCCGAACUAGGCAAUCCGUAUGUGACAUCAGCGCCAUCGCAAGCACACUCUGUCUACACUACAGCGAUCAACACAAUGUCGCCAACUCAGUCGAAGCUGCACCCGACUUACCGUCCCACCACGGGCGGAAUGAUCAAGCUUUCUGAUACACCUACUCCCAGCAUAGCUCCUAGCAUUUUGCCAAGCAUGGCGGAAGACGGCGAUCGAGAAGACGAGUCAGAAUCAGGACAGGCCAUUUAUCCGAAUUCCGAGACGAAUCAUCCAACCACGUCUCCUUCGUUGACGCCUUCAUCGGCCCCUUCUUCGGCGCCGUCCGAGAGUCCCAGCACAACACCGACACAGAAACCGACCAAGCCUCCUAAGGGGAAAAGUCCGAGCCCAACAAACUAUCCAAGCGCCAGACCAUCUACUGGUAGUCCAAUGUAUUACUUCGUUGUAGGAUCCACCGCUGCACCGACGACUGAUUCACCGACGACUGAUACACCAACGACUGAUGCGCCGACGACUGAUGCACCGACAACGCCGUUGCCAACAGCAAUUCCUUCUUAUUCCCCAACUCAGAGCAACGUUCCCACCAUUGAGAAAUACGAAACAGACACCCCAGGACCACCAACAUAUCCAACGACGCCUCUACCAACCAAAACGCCAAGCGAAGCUCCUACUUCGGCACCCACACAAGUUGAAACCGACGGUGGUGAAAGCAUUGAAGUAACUACAGCUGAACAAAGUGCACAAGACAGUGGCGGCUUCACGUUCAACUUCCCAACUACGCCGAGUCCAGGGAACGCAACUAGUGCGCCCAGCAGCACAAACUCGGAUGGUUCAGCUUUCGUGUUCCCGACAAGCGCGCCUGUUGUCACACUUGAUGCUGCAACGAACAGCCCUGCUCCUUCAAUGCUAGUACAAAUCAUAAUGACAGAAUCCCCAGCCGUCCAAGUUGGAAGGGAAAUAGAUGAUACUUCGUCGCCUAUUACUCUCGACGCAAAUGGAGCGACCAACCCGUCCGAAUCAUUUCCAUCACCUACAGUCCCUCCUACCGCCAGGCCAACUCGUUUGCCGACAACCAAAUCGCCAACUUUUCUUCCGACUGCUUUGCCCACGAAUUCUCCGACAACAAGUCCCUCAGAUAUUCCCACUGGGUCGCCUUCAAUGGUCCCAUCUGACAGUCCCACAGCAGUUCCUUCCGCAUCACCCUCGAUGGCUCCAUCCCUCAUGCCCACUGCGUCGCCCUCCAUUGCUCCAUCAGACAGUCCCUCAAAUGACCCUUCUUUAUCACCCUCGUUGAAUCCGACGGAGAGUCCCUCAGAUGUUCCCUCAGCACCACCAUCAGCGGUUCCAACCAAUGUGCACAGUGAAGAACCAACAGCAGUAACUAUCAUACCCACCAGCGAAGGAACAAGUGAGGAAGCUGUGGUCACAUCAUCUCCCACCACCACAACUGCAAAUGCUUUUCCAGACUAUUCACCAAGUCCAAGUUUUGGGGAUGUAGAUGUCCCACUAACAUCAGUUCCCACUACAGGCAGCUCAAUCAAAGAAAAGGAAACUGAAAUGCUCACUGGGGCUCCUACAAGGGAUGAUGCUGAAUCUUUGACCCAAUCCCCAACCGACUCUGGUGGAUACCAUUUUGACAUCACAAGCUCUCCUGUGGCUUCCCCAAUUAUGGAGGCAUCAACAAAUGUACCAACGGAAGAAGCUACACAAGAAGAUGCUUCAUCAUUAGUUGAAGAUCCUGAUGCUACCAGUUCCCCCACUGAUCCUGAAUCGGUAGCAACAAUGAUGCCUACUGGUUCCUCUUCAACAAGUGCACCAACAAUAGAGACCACAGAAGAAACUUCCCAAGAAGAUGAUUCACCAUUAUUUGAUCAUCCUGUCAGUACCAAUUCUCCCACUAUUGAUUUGACGGGUUCUGCUACAGCUGUACCAACCACGGAAUCUACAACACGCGAAUCAGGCUCUGUAACCACCUCGCCCACUAUGGAGACAACCGAAGAAACUUCACAAGAAGAUGCAUCACCAGUUAGUACAAGUUCAACCACAACCAUGGAGCCUACUGGUUCUUCUUCAACAAGCACACCAACUAUGGAUGCCACAACAGAAGCUUCACAAGAAGAUGCCUCACCUUUGUUUGAUGAUGCAGCUAGUACAAGUUCAACCACAACAAUGGAACCUACUGGUUCUUCUUCAACAAGCACACCAACCAUGGAGACCACAGCAGAAACUACCGAGGAAGAUGCCUCUCCAUUGUUUGGAAACCCAGCUAGUACAAGUUCAACCACUACAAUGGAGCCUACUGGUUCUUCUUCAACAACCACACCAACAAUGGAGGCCACAGAAGAAACCACACAGGAAGACGAAUCACCAUUGUUUGGUGACCCGGCUAAAACCAGUUCUCCUACAGCCAAUGCAGCAACAGGCUCUCCCGAAUUUGAAACAACAAUGGAGCCUACCAAUUCUUCAUCAACAAUCUCACCAACCAUAGAGACCACAGAAGAAACCACACAGGAAGAUGCCUCACCAUUGUUUGGCGAUCCAGCUAGUACAAGCUCAACUACAACAAUGGAGCCCACUGGUUCUUCUUCAACAAGCUCACCAACCAUGGAUACAACAGGAGAAAGUUCGCAAGAAGAUGCAUCUCCAUUGCUUGGUGGGAUCAAGCUAGUACAAGUUCAACCACUACAAUCGAGCCUACCUUCUUCCUCGACAAUCACACCAACAAUAGAGACAACAGAAGAAACUUCACAAGAAGAUGCUACACCAUUGGAUGAUCCAGCUAGCAGUACAAGUUCAACCACAACAAUCGAGCCUACUGGAUCCUCUUCCGCUUCAACAAGCUCACCAACCAUGGAGACCACAGAAGAAACUACACAGGAGGAUGUCUCUCCAUCGUUUGGCAUUCAUCUAGUAACCACAGGAGAAACUACAUUGGAAGAUGCCUCUCCAAAUUUUGGUGGUGAUCAAGCUAGUACAACCACUACAAUGCAUCCUACUGGUUCUUCUUCAACAACCACACCAACCAUGGAGACAACACAAGAAACUACACAGGAAGAUGCCUCUUCAAUGGAGCCUACUGGUUCUUCUUCAACAAGCUCACCAACCAUGGAGACCACAGCAGAAACGUCACAGGAAGAUGCUAAACCAUUGGAUGAUCCAGCUAGUAGUACAAGUUCAUCCACAACAAUGGAGCCUACUGGUUCCUCUUCCUCUUCAACAAGCUCACCAACCAUGGAGACCACAGAAGAAACUACACAGGAAGAUGUCUCUCCAUCGUUUGGCGAUUCAUCUAGUACAAGUUCAUCCACAACAAUGGAGCCUACUGCCUCCUCUUCCUCAUCAACAAGCUCGCCUACCAUGGAGACCACAGAAGAAACUACAUUGGAAGAUGCCUCACCACUGUUUGGCGAUUCGGAUAGCACCAGUUCUCCUACAGCCAAUGCUGGAACUGGAUCUCCUGGAUCUGAACAACAAUGGAGCCUACUGGUUCUUCUUCAACAAGCUCACCAACCAUGGAGACCACAGAAGAAAGUACACAGGAAGAUGAAUCACCAUUGUUUGAUGAUGCAGAUACUACCAAUUCUCCCACUGCUGCUGUCACAAACUCCCCUUUGUCUACACCAACAGUAG